AGUAAAUUUCUUUUCCACACUGCAAUCUGUCACUAGCAGUCGUGAUCCACAGUGGUCCUUUCCAGUUUUUACAUAAAAAGAAAACCCCUCCAAUUAGUGCGAAACUAGUUCCGUUCUCGUAACACAGCCGUACUUUUCUAGUAAAUAAAAAACAGGGAAAACCAUAUCGGCAAGCAGAGAAUGAAGACUUCCCAAAUUGCAAGAUACGCCAUUCGUUUGAACUACGGACAGGUUAAUGAAUUUGCCGGUUCAAAAACGACCGACCGUGCCACGGUUCGAUCGGCGGCUCUGCUAGCUGCCCUCGGAAUCGGUCUGUCCUCGUUCAGCAUGAAACAAAUGCUGGCCAAGCAACCCAAGAGGAAGUACUAG